AUGUCUCGCCGCAACAGCGCUGUCGUCGCCGUCGACGCAGACCAUGAGCGUCGUCUCUCCAUCGCUGUCCCCGACCUCAAGGGUCUCACUCACGAUGCCAACAAGGCCUCCGAGUCGGAGCGCAACAUGACUCUGCUCCAGGGUAUCAGACUGUACCCCAAAGCCGUCGCAUGGUCCGCCUUCCUCUCCGCCGCCAUCAUCAUGGAAGGCUUCGAUAAGGUCCUCAUCAACAGUCUCUACGCCGUCCCUGCAUUCAAGGAGCGAUUCGGCUCCCAACUUGCCGAUGGAAGCUACGAAGUCAGCGCCGCCUGGCAAGCCGGACUAUCCAACGGCGCCUUUUGCGGCGAGUUCUGCGGCCUCCUGCUCAACGGCAUCAUUGCCGAGAAGUUCGGAUACAGGAAGACGAUGAUCGGAGCCCUGGCGGCCGUCAACUGCAUCAUCUUCAUCGUCUUCUUCGCGCAGAACAUCGUCAUGCUGCUGUGUGGUCUGAUCCUGUGCGGUAUCCCAUGGGGCGUCUUCCAGACCCUCACCACGACUUAUGCCGCCGAGGUCGUUCCCGUCCCGCUCAGACCCAUCCUAACCACCUACGUCAAUCUCUGCUGGGUCAUUGGCCAGUUCCUCGCAUCUGGCGUGCUAAAGGGCGUUGCGGAGCGGCCCGACCAGUGGGCCUACCGCAUCCCGUACGCGCUGCAGUGGCUCUGGCCCACCCCCCUCAUCAUCGGCAUCAUCUUCGCCCCUGAGUCGCCCUGGUGGCUCGUCCGCCAGGACCGCGACGACGACGCAAAGAAGAUGCUCAUGCGCCUGACCACCGCCGGCAAAAACCCCGACUUCAACGCAGACGAAACUAUCGCCAUGAUGCGCCACACCAACGAACUCGAAAAAGCUGUCUCCGCAGGCACCUCGUACCUCGACUGCUUCCGGGGCACGGAUUUCCGCCGCACAGAGAUCGCAGCCAUGACGUGGUUCACCCAGGCCUUCUGCGGCGCCGCCCUCAUCGGCUACUCAACAUACUUCUUCCAGCAAGCCGGGCUCAGCGUAUCCAACUCGUUCAGCAUGAGCCUAGGCCAGUACGGCAUCGGCGCCAUCGGCGUCUUCGUCGCCUGGGCGCUCAUCCCCCGCGUCGGACGCCGAACCCUCUACCUCUGGGGCGACGUCGGCAUGAUCAUCGUCCUGCUCGUCAUCGGCGGCAUGGGCGUCAUCCCCAAGGGCAACGUCGGCGCACAGUGGGGCAUCGGCGCUCUCCUCCUCGUCUUCGCUUGCACCUACAACAUCACCGUCGGCCCCGUCUGCUACGCCAUCGUCGCGGAGAUCCCCUCAACCCGUCUCCGGCAGAAAACCGUCGUCCUCGCACGUAACUUCUACAACCUCUCCAUGGUCGUCAGCAACGUCCUCACGCCCCGCAUGCUGAACCCAGGUGCUUGGAACUGGGGCGCAAAAACCGGCUUCUUCUACGCCGGCACCUGCCUCUGCUGCUACAUCUGGGCGCUGUUCCGCCUCCCCGAAGCAAAAGGCAGAACCUACGGCGAACUGGACAUGCUGUUCGAGAAGCGCGUGCCCGCCCGCCAGUUCGCCACUACCGUCGUCGAGCCCCUGCACGUCAGCGACACGGAGAGCGAGUUUGGCGAGAAGAAGCGUGCGUCGGCGCAUGUUGAACAUGUUAGUGCGCAGGCGGUGAAGUAA